CUGAGAAUCAAGGUAAAAAGUAAAUGCUACAUAUAUCUUAUCAUAUCCAUUGCUAGUGAGACUUUUUUACUGUUUGAGGAAUCAUAUAUUUAACAAAAGUUUUUUGGAUUGAAUUGUCUACAUUAAUUAUUCUUGGAAGUUUACUUUGAGCGUUACAAAAAACAUGUCUGCUAAUGCAGGAGCAGCGGACUCCAUGUCCAUUGAAGAGACAAAUAAACUUCGAAUUUCUUUAGGAUUGAAACCCUUGGACGUAUCAGACACAUCUGAACAAAGUGAACCAAACCAAAAAGUACAAUCUACUUCUUCUCUUGACCAGGAGGCCAUAGCUCUUCAGAAUUGGAAGGAACAAGAAGAGAAGAAAAGAAUCGAGAGAGAACAAAAUGAAAUCACGUCAAAAAUUCAAACCAUACGGCAAAAGAAUGAUCAGCGACGACGCGUAAAGGGAAGAUCUUUAGCUGACAUUCUGGCUGCUGAAGAAGAAGAAACUUCUUCUGAAGAUACUCGCUCUUGGGUCUUAAAAAUGAGGAAAAAAGCAUUAGAAAAAAAUACGAGUGAAAGUGCUGCACCUAAACAGAUCCAAAAAUCUAUCAAUAGAAAACCUGCUAGGGAAUUUCCGAAAGAAUCAGCGGUUUCCUUAGAAGGAAUACGUAUAGCUCAUGAUUUUCAGAAAUUGAAUUCCGAAAAUGAAUUAACGCUAACUCUUCGUGAUUCCGACGUUCUGGAGGAUAACAAUGGUGAUUUGUUGGAGAGCAAUGAAAUUGCCCAGCAAGAAGCCCUUCACAAAAAAUUAGAAGAACAAAAGGCAAGUUCCGGUUAUAAGCCUUAUGAAGACGAAGGGGAGAUUUACAAUGAUUUCAAGCCGAAGAAGGAUUCCACAGAAGCUGUAACUGUCAUCGGAGAGAACAAUGCUUUAGUUCAAGGAAAGGAUACAACCGAUGAGGAAAAAUCUACUGCUAAACAAGGUAUCCGGGUUUCACUAUCGGAUACGACUCCUUCCACACCCGAAGUUUCAGACUAUCGGGAUAUCAAGAUAAAAAAGAGUAAGAAAAAACGAUCUAGAGAAGAUAGGAGAAAGAGAAAAAUUGACGAUGUGGAAGACAAUGAAUUCCAGUCAAAUGCUACUACUGGAGAUACGCCCGAAGCACAAAAUUCAACUUUUACGGCUCAAGAAAAGCAGGAUAAUAUUAGAAGAAAAAUACAAGGUUUGAACAGCCAGUCAAUUGUUGAGGAUGAUGAUUUACAAGAGGUUUUGGCUUUACAGAGAAGAGCUGCUCAAAAAAAAGCAAGGACCUUACGACCUGAACAAAUUGCCGAGCAUGUUCAAACCCAAAAAAAUACAGAAGAAGAGAUAAACGAAGAUGAAUCUAAUUCUAAAGGGAUGAUUAUUAAUGACACUCGAUCGUUUGUUGAUUCUCUUCAACAAGUAGAGAACGAAGAGCCUUUUAUCAGUCCUGAUGAGAAGCAAGGCGAAGAGGCUCAUGAAAAUAAGUAUACUAUUACCGUUCCAACGAAUAUUGAACUUAGUAAUAAUGUUCCUGAGGAAGAAGCUGCCGUUGUUGAAGAUAAUGGAUCCCAACCACCUCAAAAGACUGCUGACGUCCUCGAGGAUGAACCGCUCGUUUCUGGUGGUGUUGGCACUGUAUUGAGCAUCCUCAAAAAUAAAGGCGUUGUUAAGGUUUCUGCGGAAGCCCAAGAAAAGAUGCGUCGUGAGGAAGAAUACAACAAGUGGUUCACAAAGAAACAGAAUGCACGACGCGAGUUAGAAGAACAGAGGAGGCACCAAAAAGAACAAGAUCGUAGUAGCGGGAAGCUGAAUCAUAUGACCCAAAAAGAGCGUGAACAAUAUGCUAAACGUGAGAAUGAAAAAUGGGAUCGUCUUAUUGCCAAGGUUGAAAUGGAACAAUUCCAAGACUAUAAACCUGAAGUAAACAUUCGUUACGUUGAUGAAUUCGGAGUUGAACUUGGACCAAAGGAAGCGUAUAAAUAUUUAUUAUCACAUCAAUUUCACGGAAAGGGAUCUGGAAAAGCAAAGACAGAGAAGCGGUUACGAAAGAUUGAAGACAUGAAAAAACAAGAAAGAAAGCCAAUUUUUGAAUAAUGAGGGCAUGGCUUCAUAUGUAUAUAUAUUCUAUUUUUUUUUUUCAAUAAUCAAUAAUAUAUCAUUAGAGGUUAUA